CUAUAAGAACUGAGUUCUAUAAAUAGUUCAGUUUAGAAAGUUCAAACCCUCUUCUUUGCAUGCAGUAAUUUGUAGAGGUUUUGCUCAAACUUGACUUUGGAGCCUAAGGAGAUAGAUGAAAUCUUGGUGUGGGAUGUGCAAGAGAGCCAGAGAAGAACAGAAAAGAAAUGGCUUGGCUAACAGAAGAUGCAAGAGCCAUAAUCCCAUCAACUUAUAAUCCUAGAGAUGAUGAUGAUGAGGAUGAUGACAGUAGUCUUCUUCCCACCGCAACAUGCCCUUCAUGUGGCCACAGCUUCCCAUUAUUUGAUCAGAGGGGGGUUGUGCAUGAUUUGGUGGGACUACCAGCGGGAGUGAAGUUUGAUCCGACGGACCAAGAAAUCUUGGAGCAUUUGGAAGCGAAAAUAAUUGGGGAUGUGAGGAAGAUUCAUUUUCUCAUUGAUCAAUUCAUUCCCACAUUGGAAGGAGAUGAUGGUAUUUGUUGUACACACCCAGAGAGACUUCCAGGUGUAAGCAAAGAUGGACAAAUCCGCCACUUCUUCCACCGGCCUUCGAAGGCAUAUGCCACUGGGAAUAGGAAACGGCGCAGAGUCCAGAAGAACGCUGAUGAGUGUGAGACAAGGUGGCACAAGACGGGCAAGACAAGGUCGGUCCUCGCAGGCAGAGUCGUGAAAGGGUUCAAGAAGAUACUUGUGCUCUACACCAAUUAUGGGAGGCAAAGGAAGCCUGAGAAGACCAACUGGGUGAUGCACCAAUACCACGUCGGUAAAAGCGAAGAGGAGAGAGAUGGAGAGCUGGUCGUGUCCAAGGUGUUCUACCAAACGCAGCCUAGACAACCCAGUUCGACGACCCUCAAAGAUCCAAAGGACACAACACCGAAGAGUGCUCAAAGCUUGAAUCAGAAUGUUCAUGUACCUAGGAGCUCUAUUAAUGGGAUUGAGUAUUAUAAAACUCCACCUUGUCGCGUGUCUUGCGACCAGCUAAUUAUCCCUAACUUCGCUGUUCAUGGCGAGGCUGCUUCUUUGGUUCCGCUGACCGAAGAUUCGAGCAAGGGAAAGCUUGUAAGAUAUUCAUAGAUGAAUUUGGGUGAUAGUUUUUGUUAUGUGGCAGCAAAAUCUCGAGCAUUAUUAGUUGAGUGUUAUUGUAUAGCUUUACAAUGAGUGAUUAGGUGUUUGAUUGAGAAUAAUGAGGAGAGGAUAAAA